GAGAAGCGGGGGAUGCGAUUCCCUCGCCCCGAGUCUCUCCAAACAGAUUUCGCUUGGGUUCCUCCCCUGCACAGGCUCUAGAUCCGUUUUUCCUUGGCGGGAGGAGGGUUGUCGUCCCCCAUCCUGAACCCGAGAGAGAGGUAAAUGGGGUGAACAGGAAAGUUGCCGUCCUACCCCUCCUGGUGCUUGCUUUCCUCCGGCGCCCGCUCAGCAGUCUGCUUUUGCCCGUGCCCCUCUGCUGGAUCCCACCAUCCGUCCGUCCAUCUCUCUCACACACAAACACACACACACCCUUUCCUCUCUUAUUUCCUGGUCUCCUUUCCUUCCUCUUCCUUCCCUGGGGUUUGAUGCCAUUAGACCAAAAAGCAGCAGCAUCAGCUACAGGAGCUCUAAAGUGAGCGUUGAUCGAACCAAGCUGGACCCUGGAGGUUGGCUCCAUGUAUCCGGAAUCGACCACGGACUCACCGGCUAGAUUCUCAGGCAGGCAGACGGGCUCCCCAGGCAUGAUUUACAGUGCUCGCUACGGGAGUCCCAAACGGCAGCUCCAGUUUUACAGGAACCUUGGAAAAUCGGGACUGCGCGUUUCCUGCCUCGGCUUAGGAACAUGGGUGACCUUUGGAGGACAGAUCACCGACGAGAUGGCGGAGCAGCUCAUGACCCUGGCGUACGACAACGGCAUCAACCUCUUUGACACGGCAGAGGUCUACGCCGCGGGGAAGGCUGAAGUGGUGCUAGGGAAUAUCAUCAAGAAGAAAGGAUGGAGACGGUCGAGCCUGGUGAUCACAACCAAGAUCUUCUGGGGAGGAAAAGCAGAGACAGAAAGGGGACUUUCGCGAAAGCACAUUAUAGAAGGCUUGAAGGCUUCUUUAGAACGGCUGCAGCUGGAAUACGUGGACGUGGUGUUUGCUAACCGGCCGGACCCCAAUACGCCGAUGGAAGAGACGGUGAGAGCCAUGACCCACGUGAUCAACCAAGGAAUGGCCAUGUAUUGGGGGACAUCGCGAUGGAGCUCCAUGGAGAUCAUGGAAGCCUAUUCAGUGGCUCGGCAAUUCAACCUCAUCCCCCCCAUCUGCGAACAAGCAGAGUACCACAUGUUCCAGAGGGAGAAGGUAGAAGUACAGCUGCCAGAGCUUUUCCACAAGAUCGGCGUGGGCGCCAUGACCUGGUCCCCCUUGGCGUGCGGAAUUGUUUCGGGGAAGUACGACGGCGGGAUCCCCCCUUACUCGCGGGCCUCGCUCAAAGGCUACCAGUGGCUGAAAGACAAGAUCUUAAGCGAGGAAGGACGGCGGCAGCAAGCUAAGCUGAAGGAGCUGCAGGCCAUUGCGGAGCGGCUAGGCUGCACCCUGCCUCAACUUGCCAUCGCCUGGUGCUUACGGAACGAAGGCGUCAGUUCCGUCCUUCUAGGGGCAUCGAAUGCAGACCAGCUAAUGGAGAAUAUUGGAGCAAUACAGGUCCUUCCCAAACUGUCCUCUUCCAUCAUCCAUGAGAUUGAUAGCAUCUUGGGCAAUAAACCUUACAGCAAAAAGGACUACCGAUCCUAAACGGGGGUUAUCCCCGUCUGCCUGGGACUUUCUCCUUAACUCCUAGCCUCUCCCGUUUGCUCGCUUAAAGCUAUUACUGAAGCCAAGUGGCGUCCGAUUUGCAUCCGCGAAGAAGGGGCGGCGACGGAUCCACAGACGUCCGGCGGAAAACGUUUUGCUCCGGAACCUCCCGAGAGGCUGCCUCGGCUUCUUCCGUCCACGUUGGUGUUUUUCGAACGGCAAGACAACUAAACCGGUUGGGCAGAGGACUUGAGAAAAGCUAGGUCAACAUGGCGUCCUUUUAGCAAUUUCUUAUUUUUGUCCCCCCUGUUUUUCGCAGUUGUAUUUUUCUUCCUCUAAAAACUUCUGUAUGCACAGAAAGAAUGUCACGGGGCUUGGUUUCUCUCCCUCCCUCCCUUACAGUUGGUCUAAAGCUGGCACUGAUGAAUAGAUAACUUUUUUUAUUGUC